AUGGGUGUGGUUGUACCUAAUCAACCCGCGGCUAGGGUCACUAAGCAUGGAGCCGUUGUGGAUUCUGGAGCGGAGGAUCACAACACAAAGCUGACACGGAUGCAGGUGGAGCACUACGGCAUGAAGAGGGAUCUUGCGAUCUGGAAAGCAGCAGUCACCGCCGUCGGAGCGGCGAUGGGUUACAGUGUCGAUCAGCUCCUUGCAGGAGCUGCACACGUCUUGCAGGUGCAAGGUUCUGAAGGGGGCGCGGCGACACCUGGGGGCAGCCGGUCCACUGCACCCUCCACCCCCAACCCCCGUGCAGCAGCGCGGCCUUGCACUACCGACAGCCCCGGUUCCAAAGGAGGAUCUGCUGAGAGCGUAGCACUGGACAGUGCACGCAGUGGCACAAUCGAGCUAGGGGUGGUUCAUCCCAGCCCCUGCGCGCUACCCGUGCCUGCCGCUCUGAGGUGCUAUGGCGGCGCUACUGCUUGCAAGAGCAAGGGUAAGGGACAGGAUCGUAGUUCACAGUACAAGGGUGUGCGCAGGGAGAAGCGCGGUAGGUGGAGCGCCAAGAUUCUGUUCCGGGAGAAGAAUAAGAAGCGGACGCAGAUGAGGCUGGGUGCGUACAAUAAGGAGCUGGAGGCUACCACGGCGUACGCAGCAGCGGUGCACGUGGUCAAAGAUGGUAAGCGCGUGUCAGGCACAGUGGAGCUGACGGAUGAGGAGAAGGGUAUGCUGGAGGGGUACACAUUGGCAGCUGUCAAGCGGCUGGUUAGGAGCCGGCAGUGGUUCCGAUGGCAGGAGUGGGAGACGGCACUAGUGGACUGCACGAAGGAGGAGAUAGCAGGGGACGGCGAUGAGCACUCCGACUCGCAAGACGAUGACGCGGGGGAUGCAGCCGGAUGUUCCGUGGAGGAAGGAGAUGAGGUGAUUGAGCUGGAUGGGGAAGGGUUGGGCGACGCAGAGGGAACGGCCGGGCGGGGCACACCUCAUGAACUCAAUGAGGACGCUGCUGCAGCGAUGGGUGGUGUGGCGGACGAGGGUAUUAGGACGGGGGUGGCUCUGGGAGAUGCAUUUGAGGGGGCGUUGUUCGACGAAGACCCAGAGGCGGUGAAGAUGGAGCGAUUGUGGAGGGUGGCUAGUGCGGCCCAUGGUGCAUCGCAAGUCUCGCCGAAUGCGGCGGUCGCGUCUAGCGUCGGUGCGGGCGAUGAGGAUGUGGGUAGCGAUGGCGAAGGGGAGGCUGCGCCUGUCCGAUCCAAGGCUGUUGCCUCCGUUAUGGCCGAAGAGCCUAGCACGGCAAAAGGAAAGGCUGCGGCGUCUCCGCCUAAACCGGUGGCUGACAACCCCUUUGAGGCAAUGCCCUGCGCAUCUGCGCAGCCGGCAAGUGGAUCUCGUCGGGAUGAGAUGGUUGCCGAUGAUGCCGUCGUGAUUAGCCGCGCCGAGCUCGAGGCGCUGAAGACGGCGAGAGACGAGGGCGAGCGUCGGAUUGCACAGCUGGAGGCGCUGGUGCUGGCCAUAAACAAGAGGGAAACGCAGAACAAGAGGCCGAGGGGUCCGAGGGAGGAACGGGCGAAGGGAGAUGCGCGGCCGCGCAAGCGCAGGCGGGACGAAUCGGGCUCGGAGGACGCGACAUCGGAGGAGGGAGAGGAAGAAGAUGCGGAGGCGGAGCCAGUGAGGGCACGCCGUGUGGUCCGGCGGCGCCACAUGACAGUGUCGAGCUCACCCAUACUUCAGGAGGCAUUUGAUUUCGUGCCGUCCGGCAAAGCAUGGAAGGUUACCGACACGGUUCUUAACUGGGACAAGCGCAAGGCCCGCCUAUCAAACUCUGCUGGUGGCAACGCGGAGGUGGUGAACGGCCUCCACCAGGUUGCCGAGGGGGCAGUGGCGCAGGCGAUCCAAGACUUCAAGCCCAAGUACGAUGCUGAUGCCCAGGCGUGGGUAUGGGGGGAGCACGGGCUGAUGCUGUCCUCGUGCGGGCUAGAGCACUUGAUUCCAGGCCGUUACGCGCAGAGGGCGCCAAUCGUGGAGGAAGGUGGUUCGGUUUCUCUGGGCACUGACUCAAGUUGGUAG